AUGACUUUGUGCUCGAUCUUCGUCCGGCUCCUUGCCCUCACGGCAGUUGCCUCUGCCGGCUAUGUCACCUCCAAACGUCCAGACUCUCGAAUCCGGGACUCAGCGGCAGUGCAAGCCACGGGUCCCCGGCGGGUUGUGGACAAAAGCGACGGCGCGUCAUACAUGCGAACUGCACAACUUUCAAAGUCAAUCGUAGUCGGCGUGUACGAGUCCCUGGAGGGCGACAACCAAGUUCUCCGUGUCGUCGGAUCACUCGACUCGGGCGACUCGUGGAAUCGCGUCGGCGCCGUUCUGUCUGUGAAGAAGGACGAGUACAGCAUCGGAAACCCACACAUCCUUGCGCUACCCAGCGGCCGGCUGUUGUGCGCGCAUCGAAGCCAUCGCCGCAACAAGGACACCUCUACCGGAUAUGCCACUUUCGGCAUCACAGUACACCAGUCGGACGACGGGGGAGAGACGUGGAAGAAGCUUGCCGAUGUUGACAGUCGGAAACGAACCGGCGUCGACGGCAUUUGGGAGCCGUUCCUGCGACUGUCCCCAACCUCGAACAAGCUGCAGGUAUUCUGGGCAAACGAGAUGACGACAGACAACCAGGAUAUCGUCUACCAGGAAUCAUCUGAUCUUGGACAAACGUGGUCGAAGCCCGCAACUGUCGCUGGUACGGACUAUACCGCCCGUGACGGGAUGCCGAGUGUGGUAAACGUGGCCGCCUCCAGCCGAAAUUCUCAAGCCUUUGCCGUAUUCGAGAGUGGCAAGGGUCCGACUUUCGUCGUCGAUUACGUCAAAACCAUGAAAGACAACGACGACUCCCAAUGGGGCGGGCGCAGCCGUAUAUACACCCCAAAGAACAACUUGCAAGCUGGAGCACCGUGGGUCAUCAAUGUUGGAGGUACCCUGGUCGUCAGCUUCAUGACGAACGAGGACACGCCGGAGAUGCCGAAUGUCGACGGCGGCGAGCUGAAGAUCGUAACGAGCAAAGACCUCGGCAAGACUUGGAGCUCGCCGGUGGUCGUCGGGAAGAAGGGCUCUCACUGGCCUGGCAUUAUGGCCCUCAACGACAAAGAGUUCCUGGUUACGUGGUCUCAGGACGGCUCUGGCAUGUUGGCCCAAAAGUUUGCGACUUCUUGA